GUCGUCAUCUCCGCCAACCCGAAACCGAGUGAACCAUCGAAGAAAACGGGCACAUAUUGAGUUGAAAGCUCAUCUCUUUCCCCUCUUCACUGCCCAAUCCUCCCGCCCUCUUUGCACCCGCCCCGUCCAAGGUCUCGUCCUGCCUGUCUACGUAGCAGGGGACCGUUUUUUAAUUCAACAGGACCGCCUCCCUCCUCUGGCCUCCUCCCCGGAGACGAAGCGCCGGACGAUGUCGGGCAGCAGCAUACCGACGCAGGUCGCGGAGACGAUCCAGACGGCACACAUCCGGCGGCACCCGUCGGCGCAGCACGGCGUGAACCCGUCGACGGCCGCGUCCACGAACCAGCCGGUGCGCCUGAGGCGGCGCCAGCACCGGCGCCACGGCCGACACGGCUCCAUCGACGACACGGAGCUGGCGAGCAGCAGCGAGGACGACCUCGACGGCGAUAGCGAGGCGCUCGACCAAGACGACGACGACGACAUCCCGCUUAGCGUGCUGAGACCGCGCCCGCGCGCCCCGCAACACUCGUUCCGCCCCAUGCCCGAUCUCCGGUUCGAACAGAGCUACCUGCACAGCAUCGCGAAGGCCAACUCGUGGUGGAAGGUUGGGUGGAUCACGGUCCGAGACCAGAUGAUGAUGCCCUUCGCGCAGGGCGUCCUGUACAACCUCGCGCUCUGCGGGUGGCACCACUGGAACCGGCACGCGCAGCUCAGCGGGGGCUCGGCCGGCGCGCGGCUGCGCCGCUGGUGGUACGAGGUGAAUAACUGGACCCUGCCGCGGGCGUCGCACGCCUCGGGCGGCGUCAAGAGGGAGGUCUUCGUCCAGCGGAGCUGGUAGCGACGAGGACGCAAGACGCAAACCCGUCACAAAAUGGCGGCGAGGCGAGAGAAGUAGACAGAAACAGAGACCGAGAGAGAGAGAGAGAGAAGGAAAAAAAAAUACGAUCGAAAAUAGAGAGAACAGACGCGUUUCUGACACUGGCUUUUCACGCAUAUUGUUCGCCGAGCGAGAAAAGAGGCUCGUACGGCGCAUCGAGAGGGAUUGCGAGAUCGAACUCGACCCGAUUCUGCGGCCGCGCGCCGGCCCAGCGAGGGAGAGGCGUGCGUUGCCCCGCGAAGAGUAGGGAAGCAGGCGGAGCAACCCGUGAAGCCAGCCCCCCUCCUCCCUCCGGGAUCCGUCUCCUUGUCCUGUCCUCCCCACCCCGACGCUCCGAGCCUGCGACUGCCAUCCACAGACACCGCCGCUGCCGACGACACGAAACUUGCCCGACUAGAUUGGUUGGCGCUCGAGUGCAGGGAACAGAACAGGAGGGGUGGUACCUAAUGCUGGGUUAUGGGAAUUUAUUCAUGUAGAGAGUGGGUGUGUAGUGGCCUUACAUACAAAUGCGCACUGGGGGAUCACGGCUAGAGAUCAAUAGAAGGCUGAAUGGACA